GGCGCACGUCAGCGGCGGCGCGCGCCUGGCUGGGCCCUGCGGAGCGGGAGGGAAGGAGCGAAGGAGCAAGCGGAGCGGUCGUCGCCCGAGCCGAGCCGCGCCGCCAGCCCGCCAGCCCGCGCUCCUGUCCGCCGUGUCUAGCAGCGGGGCCCAGCAUGGUCAUGGCGGAUGGCCCGAGGCACUUGCAGCGCGGGCCGGUCCGGGUGGGGUUCUACGACAUCGAGGGCACGCUGGGCAAGGGCAACUUCGCCGUGGUGAAGCUGGGGCGGCACCGGAUCACCAAGACGGAGGUGGCGAUAAAAAUAAUAGAUAAAUCUCAGCUGGAUGCGGUGAACCUUGAGAAAAUCUACCGAGAAGUUCAAAUAAUGAAAAUGUUAGACCACCCUCACAUAAUCAAACUUUAUCAGGUAAUGGAGACCAAAAGUAUGUUGUACCUUGUGACAGAAUAUGCCAAAAAUGGAGAAAUUUUUGACUAUCUUGCUAAUCAUGGCCGGUUAAAUGAGUCUGAAGCCAGGCGAAAAUUCUGGCAGAUUCUGUCUGCUGUUGAUUAUUGUCAUGGUCGGAAGAUUGUGCACCGUGACCUCAAGGCUGAAAAUCUCCUGCUGGAUAACAACAUGAAUAUUAAAAUAGCAGAUUUCGGUUUUGGAAAUUUCUUUAAAAGUGGUGAACUACUGGCAACGUGGUGUGGCAGCCCCCCAUAUGCAGCCCCAGAAGUCUUUGAAGGGCAGCAGUAUGAAGGACCACAGCUGGAUAUUUGGAGUAUGGGAGUCGUUCUUUACGUCCUUGUCUGUGGAGCUCUGCCUUUUGAUGGACCAACUCUUCCGAUUUUGAGGCAGAGGGUUUUGGAAGGAAGAUUCCGGAUUCCAUAUUUCAUGUCAGAAGAUUGUGAGCACCUUAUUCGAAGGAUGUUGGUCCUAGACCCUUGCAAACGGCUAACCAUAGCUCAAAUCAAGGAGCAUAAAUGGAUGCUCAUCGAAGUUCCUGUACAGAGACCUGUUCUCUAUCCACAAGAGCAAGAAAAUGAGCCAUCGAUCGGGGAGUUUAAUGAACAGGUUCUGCGAUUGAUGCACAGCCUUGGAAUAGAUCAGCAGAAAACCAUUGAGUCCUUGCAGAACAAGAGCUAUAACCACUUUGCUGCCAUUUAUUUCUUGUUGGUGGAGCGCCUAAAAUCACACAGGAGCAGUUUUCCAGUGGAGCAGAGACUUGAUGGCCGCCAGCGCCGGCCUAGCUCCAUCGCUGAACAAACAGUUGCCAAGGCACAAACCGUGGGGCUCCCAGUGACCAUGCACUCGCCGAACAUGCGACUGCUGCGCUCUGCCCUCCUCCCACAGGCGUCCACCGUGGAGGCCUUUCCCUUCCCAGCGUCCGGCUGUCAGGCGGAAGCAGCGUUUAUGGAAGAAGAAUGUGUGGACACUCCAAAGGUAAACGGCUGUCUGCUCGACCCUGUGCCUCCUGCCCUGCUGAGGAAGGGCUGCCAGUCGCUGCCCAGCGACAUGAUGGAGACCUCCAUCGACGAAGGGCUGGAGACGGAAGGAGAGGCCGAGGAAGACCCCAGCCACUCCUUCGAGGCAUUUCAGUCCACACGCAGCGGGCAGAGGCGGCACACUCUGUCCGAAGUGACCAAUCAGCUGGUCGUGAUGCCUGGGGCAGGGAAAAUUUUCUCCAUGAGUGACAACCCCUCCCUUGACAGUGUGGACUCUGAGUAUGAUAUGGGGUCUGUCCAGAGGGACCUGAACUUUCUGGAGGACAACCCUUCCCUUAAGGACAUGAUGGUAGCCAAUCAGCCCUCACCCCGCAUGACAUCUCCCUUCGUAAGCCUGAGACCCACCAACCCAGCCAUGCAGGCUCUGGGUGCCCAGAAACGAGAGGCCCACAACAGGUCGCCAGUGAGCUUCAGAGAGGGCCGCCGGGCGUCGGACACCUCCCUCACCCAAGGAAUUGUAGCAUUUAGACAGCAUCUUCAGAAUCUGGCUAGAACCAAAGGAAUUCUAGAGUUGAACAAAGUGCAGUUGCUGUAUGAACAAAUAGGAUCAGAGGCAGACCCAUCAGCUGCUCCUCAGCUCCAAGACCUUGCCAGCAGUUGCCCUCAGGAGGAAGUUUCUCAGCAGCAGGACAGUGUCUCCACUCUCCCUACCAGUGUGCAUCCUCAGCUGUCCCAGCGGCAGAGCCUGGAAUCUCAGUACCUGCAGCACAGACUCCAGAAGCCCAGCCUUCUGUCAAAGGCCCAGAACACCUGCCAGCUUUACUGCAAAGAACCACCGCGGAGCCUUGAACAGCAGCUACAGGAACACAGGCUCCAACAGAAGCGACUCUUCCUCCAGAAGCAGUCUCAGCUGCAGGCAUAUUUCAAUCAGAUGCAGAUAGCAGAGAGCUCCUACCCACAGCCAAGUCAGCAGCUGCCCCUUGCCCACCAGGAGAGCCCCCCACCAUCUCAGCAGGCGCCCCCAUUCAGCCUGACCCAGCCCCUGAGCCCCGUCCUGGAGCCCUCCUCCGAGCAGAUGCAAUACAGCCCUUUCCUCAGCCAGUACCAGGAGAUGCAGCUGCAGCCCCUGCCCUCCUCGCCGGGUCCCCGGGCUCCUCCUCCACUCCCUGCGCAGCUGCAACAGCAGCCACCACCGCCGCCGCCACCGCCGCCACCACAGCAGCCAGGAGCUGCCCCAGCCCCUUUACAGUUCUCCUAUCAGACUUGUGAGCUGCCGAGCACCACUUCCCCCACGCCAGACUACCCUGCUCCUCCCGGCCAGUACCCCGUGGAGGGAGCCCAGCAGAGCGGCCUGGCGGGGCCAGACUGCCCCAGAAGCUCAGGACUGCAGGAGGCCACCUCGAGCUACGACCCACUGGCCCUCUCUGAGUUACCCGGACUCUUUGAUUGUGAAAUGCUGGACGCUGUGGAUCCACAACACAAUGGGUAUGUCCUGGUGAAUUAACCUCGGCACAGGAAGCGAGGUGGGUCAAGUGAAGGAAGACUUUGUAUUUCUAUUUUUAUUCCAGCCUUUCAAUUUGAAGCUUAUUUUCUUGCCCUCUCCCUAAUGGGGAGAAAUCAAGUCGCCCAACUGGAAUCAGCGGGCCUGGCUGGGGUGGAGGUUGCUUCCUCCUGCCGCUGUCCCACCACGAAGUUUUCUGUGGCAAGUGCUGGAACAUAGUUGUAGGCUAAAGCUCAUGCCCUGAGGUGGAGGGGAGCAAGCUCUCGAGGGAGGCACCACCAACUGUUUCUAUAAGAAGACGUUCAGACCUAGGUUUUAUGCAGAAUUUACACCAGUUCAUUAUCAAGGGAAACCUUGGUGAAAGCAGGCAAAAUGUGUGCCAUUGCAUAUAUAUGAGCAAACAAAAAAGGCAAUAUAUUUUUCACUGAAGCUGAGCAACAACAUGUUGCUUCAAGGCCAAUCAAGAAUACAUAAUGAAAUUUGAUGCACAGGAAAUAAAGGAGAGUUGUACUUUGUCAUCGAAUCGUAAGUUCUUAGCUGCUGAUGCAAGUUGUCCCCAAGGCUGUCGCAAAGCAGUGGAGCGCAAGCUGUUUCAGGGGCCCCUAAAUGACAGCUGGUACUGACCCCUGAGACCGGCCGUCGCCUCCAUCUGGGAGCAGACAAUACACGUCGUGAGAAGGUACCCCUGGGCUGCUGAGUGUCAGAAUGUGCUCAGGGCUCCAAAGAUGUCACCCGUAGAACCAACAGGAGACCCACUAAUGGAGGCAGGGGGCAAGAAACUGGAGAAGGCAUCAAGAGCAGCAGCCCCGGGCCAGGGAAGACAGGCUCUCUCUGCACAGUCUCUUGUGGAGACUUCUGGUUUGGGGGCAGUUGGUCCCCGGAGGCCCUGUCGUCUCUUUUACCAUGUAACAGCUACUCUGACUCACACUAUAUGUUGCUAGUAGUUUAUUGAGCUUUGUAUAUUUGGACAGUUUCAUAUAGGGCUUAGAAAUUUUAAGGACACGAAAAAUGAACUUUUAUGUCCCAUGUGAAGUGGUAGUGCUGUGCCUUUCCCCCCAAAUCAUGCUUUAAUUCUUUCUUUUCUGUAGAAACCAACAGUUUUCCAUUUAUGUCAAUGCUAAAUCCAAAGUCACUUCAGAGUUUGUUUUCCACCAUGUGGGAAUCAGCAUUCUUAAUUUCCUUAAAGUUUUGACUUGUAAUGAAACAUUCAAGUAUAACAGCAAUAUUCAAAGAACCACAGAUGUGUUAACCAUUUAAGCAGAUCAUCUGCCAAACACGUUGUAUUACUAGUAAAACUUAACCAACCCUUCCAAUUCAUUCAUCAGAGUAAGUGAAAAAUAGAUGCUAAAGCUAGUUAACUAUAAACCUAGAAGUAAUGAGUAAUCUGUCAUUUGGGCAGUAACAUCCAGGUGUUACAAAUUCAGUAUUAUUUAUAAAGAUUAUAAUUUCUGUCCUUUAGAAUGGCUUGUCCUAUCAGCAGAUGAAUGCGUUAAGCACAAAGCAUCUUCCUUAAAGCACAAAGAAGAGAGAUACUACACUGAUGCUGCAUCUAGAAAACACCUUUAAGUUGCCUUUCCUCUUUGUAGUAAGUGUCCAGACAGGCGAGGGGAAGCAUGGAAAACCUAGGGAGUUCCAUUCUGGCCCUGCAGCCCCAUCCCUAGCAGUGCUGGCAACUUGCAGUUCUUGUCGCCAGCCAGAGUCUGCCUAGUCACUGGGGCUCCAUGUCGGUGCCAGGAUGCUUUGCAGAGGCCCUGUGCUUGGGGUUGGACUCUCGGUGUCAGCAGGAAAGGGUAGUGUAGGGGCUGUCAUUUCUGUGAUUUAAUAACACAGUGACAGUCCAGGAAGAGUGAAUUAAGUUCCUUCUAUGGAUUGCUUUUUCCUCCUCGUGCUUAAGAUUGAUGAUUUCGUGAAAUAAAGAACAUCAUUUCAUUUAAGAGAUCAUUUCAUUAAGAUCUCUAAUCUGUUUUAAGUCUUUGCAAAAUAAGCUAGUUAUAAAACAGGACUUGAUUUGUUUAAACUGAAGGAGGAUGUUUUCCCAAAAUAUACUACAGGAGUGCUAUAAUAUUUACGAAAUUAAAAUGCCUUCCAGAUUGACAGUGGGGGCCACUCAUUCCAGAACUGCAGGAAUGGUACGGUUACAAAUUGGCAUAAACUCCUGGCCCCCAACAAGGCCGUGAGCUGCUUAGCCCAAGAGACCUAGGAGCUAUGGCGGGACAGUGAGGCCGACAGAUGAGGGACUACGGAGAGGCUACGGGUUGGAAGGUUAAGGGACCCAGAGAGAGAUGGGGAGGCAGCCAGCAGCAGCCAGGCCCAACAGGAACCGACGGACAUGGCGGCAGCUGGACACUUGCCUGGUGAAGAGCACGACCCCUCCUGCUGGAACCUGUGUUGUAAGCUCUAUUUGCUUAUCUCAUUUAUUUCAAGCAGAAAUCAAUAAAUUCCAUAACCAUCUGUAUUUACUGAAAUGUAAGCUGGUGAGAGGAGACUGGUUCUGUUGGUCAGUGGGGUGUUUGCUCAGCCCUGUCUGAUCAUCUCUGUUGUUCUGUUCCCUAACGAGUGACCGACAGAAGCUUCCAAGCAGUUCUAUCUUCAUAAGUACUAAAGUAACACUACGAUGGCUUAGUACCACUCUUUUCAUGAGAGGCUACUUUGCAAUACUGACUUGCUUUCCAGUCUGUUUCACGUCAGCGGUGUGUACACUACUGUAUGAUAAUCGUUAGCUUUAUUAUCUUGUAAACCAGGCUCCUCUGAAGAGACUUUGGUGAGAUGAACAUGAGGUAAAAAUUUCAUUUGGCAAAAAGUGCAAUAUGUGUGGUACUUUCUUUAUUUUUUAUGUUCUUUUUUUUAAUCCAGGGGUAUUUAGUCUCUGCUUUGGGAAAAAUGCACUAGUUCUGCAAUUUCCAGUUGGGCAUGUGUGUCUCUAGUAUUUACAUGCAACUGAUACGCUGGUCCCUGUAAGGCAAAUAGAGCAUGUUAACACAACAGAAAGAGGGCGAUGUCCUGUUUUUAAAUUCCCCAUGAGCUAUGCUGACCAUCCCCAGCCACCCUCUAGCCCCUCUGCCCCACCAGGCCUGCACUGCCCUUUGCCACCUUGGGAACAGGGAUGGAGGAAGACAGUUCUCUCUACCAACAGCCUCCAGAACCCAAUGGACGGGGGGCUGUGCCCACCAGGAGGACCAGACAUGGGACUCAAGGAUUGUUAGUGUAGAUAUGAGCAAAACUACUGUUCUGUAUCCAACUUUGCCUUCUAAGAAAGUCACGGCCUUUUCUCCCUCCAAAAUAAAGAACUUCCAGGUGUUUAGACCGUGGCCUGCAGUCAGCUGAGGUGAGACAACAGGAGCCUGGGACUGAACCGGGCCCUCGCCUCUUGUGCUCCUCCUGACUCUGGCCCCUGCAGUGAUAGUGGGCCUAUGCUCUGAUGGGGAGGGAGGACCACCCUGUGGGGGUGUCACCCUCUACCCUGUCCCCCACCACCAACGGACUAAUGGCCCCAGCAGAAGGGAUUUGUCAGGGAGCUGACCGAUCUCUCUGACCACACGUUGGGUGUCACUAGUACCUGAAGGCAGGGAACUGCUUAAAGAAUUCUGUCCAGGUGUUAGACUUGGGAAGAGGGUAUACUGUCAGCUAGAGAGUGAUCAGGUGAUCAGCCAGAGACUAGUGAAAGGUGCACAGUAGCAGCUUCUAGUCCUAGUUGGUCAAGGGGCCCGGGUGUGAGGCGCAGGCACCAGGAUGUCGUGAGUGUGUGGUGCGACCUUUGCGUGGGUCCUGCAGCCUCUAGUCCAGCCCCAGAUUCAUAAAUAUAUUGGGGUCAGAGUUUUUCUACUCUGGAUUACAUUUAAAAGCCACUAUCGACAGUUACACUUAAGCUCCCUAUUGGCUUAAAGAAAAUUCAUAUUCCAUGUAACUUUUUCACAUUCAACGUCCUUCAGAGACAAUACUUAGUGUCAUUGCCAACACUGGUCCCACUGAACAGUUGCUGAAUCCCUGUGCCGGGGCUGACCUUGGCUGCAUCUGUACCCCUAAACUGGGCUGCCUCUACUGCCUCCUCGGAAGCCACCCGAGCCGCUCGGUCUCUUUGUGCCUAGACAUCAAAGGUAAAAACUGGAGAACAAGCAGUAAGUUGGAGUCAUUGUAUAGGCAGGGAACUUUGAUCAUUUUGUUACUUCUGGAAAUUUUUUUUACAGAACUUAUCUUCAGAAUGAUGUGUGGAAGACAAGAACAGUAUCAUCUGCCUCUGUUCUAAGCUGGACAAAAAAACAUUUUAAAAAUUUAUAUAUCUCUUCUGACGGGUUCCAUAGUAUGGUCCUCCCAGGCCUGUGGCCCAGGGAAGCGACUGUAAUUACAGAGCUCUUUGUCUGCCCCUUGUCAGCAGCAGGGUCAACUCCAGGCCCCUUUUGGGCCUGGAGUCUCUGAUCUCCCAGUACCCUCUCACAUACUUAUUUUACCAUUUUUUCCCAAUCAAGUAGCCUGGCUGCCUUUGGAAGACUCACGCCAUCCUAGUUGCACCACCAUCUUUUGUCCACACCUCUAGGCAGAUUUCAACACGCUGGCAGAUUGGGGCACAUACUAGUGCAUAGAUUGAGAAACGGGCAGCAGGACAGCCCAUAGACUUAGAGUUUCGAUGGGUCCCACCCAAUGGCUUGCCUGUCCACAAGGAGCAAUAGCUUAUAUUUAUACGUGAGUUUACCAAGCACUUUCACAAGUAAUCUCUUCAAAUCCUCACAACAACUCUGUGAAAUUAGCUGGAAAGUUAUCGUCCUUAUUUUUCACAGCUGAGGAAACCAAAGCUCUUGGGAGUUUGUGUGACUUAUCCGAGGUCACAGAGCUGGCGAGUGGAGGAGCCCAGGACAAGGACUUGGGUUGACUGCUUCUGGUUUGGGUUCUCUAGCUUCUCGUUGUGUGAGAAGCCCUCCCUUUCCCCGUCCAUCUGACUCUUUUCAUAAGCGAACAGCUGUAUAAACAAAGCCCCCAUUUUAGUCAAGCACAGGGUGAAUGUGACAUUGUUCCCACAGCCUCAUUCUCCACUUGACAGCUGCCUGGCUUUGGAGGGGAGGUGCCUUUCAGGUGACACUGCAGUUGUCCAGGUGGCCUUGCAUGGAACAAGGCUGAGGGAGACACAGACCCCACAGAUCGGCCAUCCUCUCAGUGUCCAGUUAACUACAGAAGUUUAGGCUCGCAUCAAAGAUGUCUAGUUUUUCCAAGUUACACAAAAUAGUUUCCUAUAGAAUUAUAUGAUGGAAGGACACAUCCCCCUGGAUUGCCAAGGAGCUGAAUUGCAUGGUGUCAGGCCACCACUGCAGGCCACCAGAUUCAACCCUAGGAAAAGGGGCUGCUCAGAGAAGAGUCACAAACUCAGCCUUUGUCCUGAGGAGGGGAGUAACGUUUCUUUACAGUCAAUCCCAUCAAGUAAAAGUGCUUAUUAGACACUUUUAGGAUUAAAAAAAAUAACAUACUUUAUUGAAUACUUUUUCUUUUCAGAGCCAAAGCUGGUAGGUAGGGGGGAGCUUUAAAAAUAGAAGUACAAAACAACAUCCUGGAAAAAUAUGACCCCAAAUGGAAUAAUGUUACAUUAGUAAAUACAGAUAACUGGGCCUCGCCGCUGGCUGUGUGAUGCCUAUCUGCUCAAGAUUUGCUCAGUCAAGGAAAUUCAAGUGGUGAGAUCUUCCCACUACUACUGGUAAAAGAAAUCUGCCUUCACCAAAAUCUCUGAAGGGGAAAGAAGCAGAGAGAACAGGAAGUUUGCUUCACUUCGGGGACUGCAGUUUAAGAAAUAAAAGGGAUACAGAGAUAUUUGCACUUUGUAGGGAGGGCAAGAUUAUUGCUUAUUUCUGAAGGGAGGUGGGUGGUUUUGCUGGAUGUUUGGUCUGUGAAAGAGUUACUUUUCAUAAAGUUAACCUAAUUGUAGUUAUUUUUUCUGUGUUUUUUUUAAAUUACUAAAAAAAAAAAAUUGGUGAGUUCAAUAGCUUUGGUAUUUUGAGUGCAAAUCAUAAUAGCUCCAAUGUGAAAAAAAAUCAAAGUGUAACCUGUCACUCAAUGUUAGAGAAUUGCCUAAAAUGCAGUGUAAUAAAUGAUCUUUGUACCAAAUGGUAAUUUAAAUGGGGUAAUUUUCUGCAAGGAAAAUGUACUGUUUUUAUGUUUCCAACCCUCUUGAAUUAAAAUAAAAACAACUUGUUUUCUAAGA